AUGAUUCGUAGGCAGACACGACUUCGUCGAGAAUAUUUAUACAGAAAGUCUUUAGAGACCAAGGAAAAACAAAUUUAUGAAAGAAAACAAAAAAUCAAAGAAGCUAUUCGAGAGGGAAAGCCUAUACCGACUGAAUUGCGUGCGGAAGCUACAAAGCUUCAAAAAGACUUAAAUUUUGAUGAAGCGCAACCUGAACCCACUACACAUAUCGACGAUGAAUACGCAAACGCUGGAAUAUAUGAUCCAAAAAUUCUGAUAACAACUUCACGUGAUCCAAGUAGUAGACUUUCUCAAUUUGCAAAGGAAAUGCGUUUAGUCUUUCCUAAUUCACAACGUAUAAAUCGUGGUAGUUAUGUAGUCAAAGAUUUGGUUGAUGCAUGUAGAGCCAAUGAUGUCACUGAUUUAAUAAUAUUACACGAACAUCGUGGUGAACCAGAGAUUGUUUCAAAAAUUAUACUAAUAUUCCCAUUUCCAGAUGGAUUGAUUGUAUGUCAUCUUCCCUAUGGACCUACAGCUUUCUUUUCAUUACAUAAUGUCGUACUUCGACAUGAUAUUCAAGAUGAAGGCACAGUUUCGGAAGCAUUUCCACAUCUAAUAUUUCAUAAUUUUAAUUCCAAUCUAGGCCGGCGGGUGAUGAGCAUUAUUAAAUAUUUGUUCCCAGUUCCUAGAGAAGAUAGUAAGCGUGUAAUGACCUUUGCAAAUGAUAGCGAUUAUAUAUCAUUCCGACACAGUGUGUAUGUAAAAAUAAAUAAUAAAGAAGUACAAUUGGCCGAAGUUGGUCCACGUUUUGAAAUGCGAGUUUACGAAAUCAAGUUGGGAACCGUCGAUUUGAAAGAUGCUGAUACCGAAUGGGUGUUACGGCCUUAUCAACGUACAGCAAGAAAACGGGAUCACUUAUAG